CUAUAUAAGUCACAUGCAACACUUCUCAUACGUAUAGCUUAUUGCAUAGUUGCAUCCCAAAUCCCCCUUCAAGAUGAUGUGUCUCAGGAAUUUCCUCCUGUUUCUCAUCGUCCUACCGUUCUCUGCGGCGUCGCCUCUAUUCAUGUUCACCUUUAUCACCACAAUGUGGCUAAAGCUGAGACCGUGCCUUUACUGUACAGCCGUGCUUGUCAUCUUCUUCUUUGCGGUCUCGACACCCUCGUACCUCUCGCUCUCAUUCCCCGAAGACCCGUACCGACAUCCCUCAUCUCGGCCGUACAUUGUCGACGAGAAUUCAACUCUCCUCGAGCAAGCCUUCAAAGGCAACGAGACCGCCUUUCUGUAUUCGGCACCUGCUACAAACCGAAGCUGGGUCGAUCUGAACUACGGUCGGCUGCUGUGGCCAAAGCUGGAAGGUUAUCGUCUACUAGACAGCAAGCCUAGCGAGAAGAAAGGAAGUUUCAAAACGUCGUCAGCUAUCAAGGCCGUUCUGCAGGAGCAGGAACAGGAGCACAAUCCUCUGGCCUCGCGAACUGAGGAAGUCGAGCCCCGAGAGCCGGCCGCUCCUCACGUUUCCUCGUCUUCGGCUACGGUGGAAGCUACCCAAAAGCCCAGGCGAGGGUGGUUCGACUGGUCAAAGACUAGCUUUCUGGAGAAAGGAACUGUUCACGUUGAAGAAAGGAGGGCUAAGCCGGCUAGCUCAGCACAUGUCGCCGACCCAGAACCUCCUGCCGAGCCUGAAUCCACAGGCUACUAUCGUGAUGAAUACGAGGAGGACUUCGCCGAAUCGUCGCACCGAGACUUCGAUGACGAGCCGACCAUCAAUCAUCGUCUUCCUUGGUAUGCCUACAUUAUGCACCCCUCGCAAAUACCUUCUCGUUACGACUUGAGGGUCAAUGGCGUGGGGUUCGUGCUCGACCUUGGUAUGAGCAGAAAUGAGCAGGCUGUCAAGCAAGAGGUCCGGGAAUGGAAAGCUUGGGAGGCGGAAAAGAAAAGGCGAAAGAGCGAGAAGGCGGUGGGAGCUCGACGAGACGCCGGCUUGCAAUCGGGGCAAGCUGGUCCAAAGGAAGAGCUAUGAGUGUUCUGGUCAUGAUAAGUGAAACGACCCUUGACGACCUGCAAAGUGUAUCCAUUCCAUCUAUCUUAUACAUCACUGAAAUGCAAUC